CGCACAGAUCUGCAACCCGCGCCAUGGCCACACGCACGCCUCGAGCAGCCUCCGCCGCCGCCGUCGCCGCCGCUUUCCUACUGGCGCUCGGCGCAGCUGCAGCCGCCCCAGCACAGCUCCCCCCCGAACUGAAGACAUGCAAACAGACAGACCCUCAAUACAACGACUGCUUGAAAAAUGCUUUGCAGGGGGCAUUACCCUCGCUAUCUAAAGGCAUCCGAAGCCUAGAGGCACAGCCGAUUGACCCGCUCACAAUCACGUCGCUCUCCAUCUCUGAGGAGAAGGACAAACCAGUGGCCAUCAACCUUGACUUCAGCAACUUCCAGAUCACAGGCAUCUCCAGUGCCAUCAUCGACUCUUUCGAGAUGACGCCUGGCAGUUACGACAUGAAGAUCAAGGCACACACGACAGGACCGCUGACGCUCACUGGAAAGUACAAGAUCGAUGGAAAAGUCCUCGUGCUGCCCAUUCAGGGAGAGGGCGACUGCAAACUCAUUGCGGACAACAUUGAUGCCCUCCUGGACCUGAAGGGCGUACCGCUGGAGAAAGACGGACACACGCACGCUGACAUCAAGGACUUCAAGUUCUCCUUCGAGACUAAGAAAAUGACCUUCGACUUCAGCAACCUGUUUAACGGCGACAAGGCAUUAGGCGACAACAUGAACAAGUUCCUGAACGAGAACUGGGAGGAGAUCUUGAAGGAGCUGAAGCCAAGCAUUGAAGAGGCGUUCGGACUGGCAUUCAAGGAUAUUGCCAACAACGUGUUCCACAAGGUGCCCUACACCGAUGUCUUCCCAACCAACUGAAGACAGCGUCUUCGUGUCACUCAUCAGAAUAGCACACCACCGCUGCUCCAUCCACAUAUCUGUCAAACCACUUUACUUGUAGUAUACACCACAAAUAAAAAAAACUGUGUGUA